AUAACGUAGAUUUGCUAUUGUCCACCAGUUCCCUUUCUAAACCGCACGUUACAAAUGUAAACAAAUGUUUCACUUCGUUUGAUUAGAAAUAUGAAAAUUGUGCAGUUAAAGAAGGGAAGUACACGAAAAGGUCAUAAAAGGGGUGUGGGUGUGUGGGAUUGAUUUACCUGCGAUAUGUUUAACUAGCAGUUUGCUCGUCUAGCUCGUUCAGUGCAUGGGCGUCACUCGUCCAUACAUUUAUAACGCGUGACAGCAGGAAAGGUUUGUAUCUCAUUCACGCAGGCACAUCUGGAACAAGCGUCUAACAUCAAAUUGAUCUCAGUCAUGGAUAACCUAAGUCGUGCAAACAGUGUUUUCGCUCUGGAUCUCUAUCGGGCUUUGAGCUCGUGCAGUGGCGAUGGGAACAUGUUCUUCUCUCCACUGAGCAUCAGUGCUGCUCUCAGUAUGGUUUACUUGGGAGCCCGAGGAGACACGGCCAAGGAAAUGGAGAAGGUUUUAUCCUUCAGUUCUCUCCCUGAUGUUCACUCCCAUUUUGAGUCCCUGACCUCAGCUAUCAAUAAUCCAUCAGCUUCUUACAUACUCAGAUUGGCCAACCGCAUCUUUGGAGAGAAAACCUUCAGCUUCCUACCUGAUUAUUUGGACUCCACCCUGAAGUUGUACCACGCUGAACUUCAGCCAGUGGACUUCAUUGGAGCAUCUGAACAGUCAAGACAGAUCAUUAACAAAUGGGUGGAGAAGCAGACAGAGAAUAAAAUCAAAGAUCUUCUCAAGCCUGAUAUGGUGACCGGAAUGACCCGACUGGCUUUGGUUAAUGCCAUCUACUUUAAAGGGGACUGGUUGCAGAAAUUUAACACUCAAGACACCAAGGAAAUGCCAUUUAAAAUAAACAAGAAUGAGAGUUGGCCAGUUCAAAUGAUGUUCCAAAAGAAAAAGUUUCCCUUUAACUACAUUCAUGAGCACCGUUUGCAAGUGCUGGAGUUGCCAUACGUAAAAGAGGAACUCAGUAUGUUGGUUCUUCUCCCUGAAGAGGCUCAGGACGGCUCUGAUUCUCUCCUAAAGCUGGAGCGUGAGUUAACCCUUGACAACCUGCUCGAAUGGACCAACAGAAACAAAAUGGACGUCCACACAGACAUCUUGGUUCAUUUGCCCAAGUUCAAACUGGAAGCUGAGAGCUCCUUAGCAGAAACAUUGGCAGGGAUGGGUAUGCCCUCUGUGUUCGAGGGUCCAGUGGCUGAUCUGACAGGCAUGAGCAGUCAAGGUGGCCUCUUCCUUUCAUCAGUAGCCCACAAGGCCUUUGUUGAAGUUAAUGAAGAAGGCACGGAGGCUGCAGCGGCUACAGCAGGCAUGGUGGCUUUUUGUAUGUUCAGAGAGGAGCAUUUCAUGGCAGACCAUCCCUUCCUGUUCUUCAUCAGGCACAACCCCACCAACAGCAUCCUCUUUCUCGGAAGAUACCGAGUCCGUAUGGAUAAUCUAACUCGUGCUAACAGUGUUUUCGCUCUGGAUCUCUAUCGUGCUUUGAGCUCGUGCAGUGCGGAUGGAAACAUGUUCUUCUCUCCACUGAGCAUCAGUGCUGCUCUCAGUAUGGUUCACUUGGGAUCCCGAGGAGACACCGCCAAAGAAAUAGAGACGGUUUUGUCCUUCACUUUAGUCCCUGAUGUUCACUUCCAUUUCGAGUAUCUCACCUCAGCUAUCAAUAAUCCAUCAGCUUCUUACAUACUCAGAUUGGCCAACCGCAUCUAUGGAGAGAAAACCUUCAGCUUCUUACCUGAGUAUGUUGACUCCACCCUGAAGCUGUACCAUGCUGAACUUCAACCAAUGGACUUCAUUGGAGCAUCUGAGCAGUCUAGACAGAUCAUUAACAAAUGGGUGGAGAAGCAGACAGAGAAUAAAAUCAAAGAUCUUCUCAAGCCUGGUAUGGUAACAGGAAUGACCCGACUGGCUUUGGUUAAUGCCAUCUACUUUAAAGGGAACUGGUUGCACAAAUUUAAUCCCCAAAAGACUAAAGAAAUGCCAUUUAAAAUAAAUAAGAAUCUGUGCAAGCCUGUAGAAAUGAUGUACCAGGAGAAAGAGUUUCCCUUUAGAGACAUACCUGAAGAAAAACUGCAUGUUCUGGAGCUACCAUAUGUGCAAAGUGAACUCAGUAUGUUGGUCCUUCUUCCUGAUGAAAGUCAGGAUGGCUCAGACCCUCUUCUGAAGCUGGAGAGCGAGUUGACCAUUGACAAGCUGCUUGAUUGGACAAAAAAUGACAAAAUGAUAAAAUGGAUGGAUAUCACUGUCGGUUUGCCCAAGUUCAAGCUAGAGAUCGAGAGCUCCCUGGAAGAAAUACUGGCAGGGAUGGGUAUGAGUUCUGUGUUUCAGGGGGCGAAGGCUGAUCUAACAGGCAUGAGCAGUCAGGGUGGCCUGUUUCUUUCAUCUGUGACCCACAAGGCCUUUGUUGAAGUCAAUGAGGAAGGCACUGAAGCAGCAGCCGCAACUGUAGGAAUAAUGCUUUGCUAUGAUGCUGAACCAAAAAGUUUUAUAGCAGAUCACCCUUUCCUGUUCUUCAUCAGACAUAACCCCACUAACAGCAUUCUCUUCCUUGGCAGAUUCACAGGCCCAUCUUAGAUAUGCAAUUCGUUUAUGAUAUAGACAUAUUAUGGAUAACUCACUUAUAUUGCUUAUGCAAGCUUUUUCAAAGUAUGCCUUACCAAAGUCCUAUCAGCCUUACAAAGUAUGAGCAAGGAAUCACGCUAAUGCCUUUAACCACAUACUUGCAUCAUUCAUACUUAUUUUGAUGGUAAAUGUUAUUUUCCAUUAUAAAUUGUAACUUGGCAAUGCAUUUUGUAUGUACAUUAACUCAUCAUUGAUGAGUAACUUUAAGCAUGUGAAUUAUCUUUAGGUUUGUCAUACCAAUAAACAACUUGGAAUGCAAUUAUUUGCUUUA